AAUCUUAAACAACCUCAGGCUAUAGGAUGGACUCGGCUAUGACGAGGUUGAUCGCGUCUGCCGGCCGAAGAUUCCUGAGCAACCCACCAAUCCGGAUUAAACAAGCGCUAGGCUUCAGCCCCCGUCGAUGGGGUGGGAUUCAUCACAGUAUUAGCCGAUGUUCCUCGACCAUGCCCCCUAAGAAACGAUCGAGUGAUGCGGGCGCUGAUACCCCGCCACCGGCUAAAUUAAACCGCACGGAUACGGAUUACAGCUCCAUGCCAUUAGCCAAUGGAUCGCAAACAAAAACGGGCGGGAAAAAGUGGAACUUCAAAAUCACCACUUGGAAUGUGGAUGGCUUGCGGGCUUGGAUCAAAAAGAACGGCCUGGAUUUCUUCACCCACGAAAAACCGGACGUGAUCUGUUUGCAAGAGACCAAAUGCUCCGAGGCCAAACUGCCCGACGAGAUCAAGCACCUGAAAGGCUAUUCGCAUCAAUAUUGGUUGGCCGCCCAAAAGGAAGGCUAUUCUGGUGUGGCCCUGCUCUCUCAGACCAAACCCGUGGCCGUGACCUAUGGCCUUCAAAACAAGGAGAUGGACGAUGAGGGCCGUGUGAUCACCGCGGAAUUCGAUUCCUUCUUCGUUGUCACGACCUACGUUCCCAAUGCCGGCCGCAAACUCGUCACCUUGGACAAACGCAUGCGCUGGGAUCCCCUCCUGAAGGCCCACCUUCAAGCCUUGGAUGCCCAAAAGCCCGUCAUCCUUUGCGGAGACUUGAAUGUGGCUCACCUCGAAAUUGACCUUGCCAACCCCAAGACCAACAAAAAAUCGGCUGGAUUUACCAAAGAGGAGCGGGAUGGUUUCUCUGAUCUCUUGAAAGAAGACUUUGUGGACACCUUUCGACAUUUCUAUCCGGACAAGGAGAAGUGCUACACGUUUUGGACGUACAUGAUGGGCGCCAGGGCGAAGAAUGUGGGUUGGCGAUUGGAUUACUUUGUCGUGUCCAAGCGGUUUGUGGAUUCCAACAUUUGUGACAACGCCAUUCGAUCGGAAGUGUUUGGCUCCGAUCAUUGCCCAUCCACUCUGUUCCUGGUCAAGUAGAUCGACCUUGCUUGGGGAAAUAAACGACGCUCUAUAUAUAGUUUGGA